CUUCAUAUACAGGCAUAAGUCAUGACAGACAAUGAAAAGUUUCUUCAAGUCAAUAAUCCCAUCCUUGACUGCAAUGCAAAUGUUCACAAACCUUGCCAAGUUCCCACAAUAGAGACUGGUGUAAAACCCAUCAUGAAUGAGAAUGCAUCUGAGAGUAACAUCUCUUCAAUGGAUGGAAAUAAUGGAGAUGGGGAUCACCAGUCUGCCCAGAACUGGCUGACAGAAUUGGCUAUCAUUGCUACUAGUCCACAGAGUCCUCUCAUGGAAUCAAGAAGAAAGAGUUCUUCAGGAAAGCAGAGACAGCGGCAUCACUCAGAGGGAAGUGUUCUUCAUAAACCUACAAGGUUAUCAGCUGCAGUCAACUCUCUAAAUCGUGCCAUUCAUACCUAUGCCAAACCUCCUCGUAAUACUCCACCACCAUCUCUCAUCUCAUCAUCAUCUCAUAUCAGUGAUCACUAUGACGAUGAAGAUGACUUCAUAGAUCCUGUUGGUACAUGGGCUCCUGAAAGUGAUGCAAGGAUCACCUCUUCUUCUCCUUUCCUAGCCUCUCCAAAAGGUUCAGAAUCAGUAGGGGGUACAUGGUCACAUCCCUGGCCAACAGCUGUCUGGAAGUGCUUUCUGAAAGGUAACAAGAUACGAUUCACAUCAGGCCCUCGCACAGAAUGGCGACUUGCUGAAGAGAAUGGGAGCAAUGAGUAUUUAGCCACACAAGCUACUAUCACCCAAGAUGAAUCGAGUAGAGGACAGUCUCCUAUCUCUGGGUAUGCACCUCUGGGAUUACGUCUGGUCAAGAUUGAGGAUCUGAAGCCUUGUGAUCCAAGACUACCCGAUGUACAUGCUGAAGACUACGAUCAAAUGAAAUUGACCUUUGAUCCCGAUGUCAACGGUCAGUCAUGUCUUGAAACUAUCUGCUCCACGGACCAUCCUUUCUUCGUGCGCCAUAAAGGUUGGUCAUCCUACAUACCUUGCCAAACAGUAGUAAGAUAUGGUAUUCCAUGCUCUGAGCUGGAGAGUGGUGAUGUGUGCUUGCCCCCUUCUCAUCCAGAUGCAACCAGCUAUAAGGAAUCUGAGGUUCUAGAAAGCUUCAAAAGCUAUGACCUGACCCCUCUGGACUCCUCUGCAGUUCUUGCCCUUAGCAGCAUGGCUAGACAUCGUAAAGAUCUUGAGAACAGUCCAAUAAGACAGAUGCCAUUAUCUGCAGUCUCCUCCUCAUGUCAUCUGUCUCCUGGUGGUAGCGCUAGUGCUCCAUCAUCACCAUCCAAGGGGAUGAAGAAACUUCACUUAGUGGACCAGAAAGGAAAGAGACCCAUGAAUGCUUUUAUGCUCUUUGCCAAGAAAUUCAGGUUGGAAUACACCCAGUUGCAUCCUGACAAAGAUAACAGAGCAAUCAGUGUCAUCCUUGGUAACAAGUGGAAGAAGAUGAGACUCGAGGAGAGAAAGGUAUUCUCUCAAGAGGCAAAGCAUCUUGCUGAUGAACAUAAAAAGAUUCAUCCUGACUGCUGGAAGAGAAAAAGAGCACACUCUACAAGCUCCGUGCAUUCUUGACAUAGUUCCUAUGUUAGAACCAGCCAUUGGUGCCUAUUACAGCAGCUGACUUUUGGUAAACUAUUGCAGCAGUUUCUCAGGAUUAUCACCUUAACAAUGGAGUCAAACUCAAAGAAAUAUUUAUUGAUGGAAAUUCUUAUCCUGUGAAUAUCCAGAGCUUAGACCUCUAUUAUAUUAAAAUUGAAAACUAUAUCAUAUAUAGACUAUUCAAGGGAGAUAGAGUGGCCUUUAUGAUAACAUGUGGAGCACUGUGUGCUUUUUAAUGAUUAAAAUAAUAAUCUGACUAAUAGUUCUAUUUUAUGAUUUUCAGUUUUAAAUUUGAGCAAUAUAGAAAUUGGAUAUUAGAAAGCUACUGACAAAGUUUAUAUCUUGAAAUUUUUAGUCCAUUCCAAGCUUGAGAAGGUAUGUUAAUACACAGAUUCUAUAUUGAUGGGGCACCUGAUUAAAUCACAAUGCAGCAGUUUAUGGGGCACAUGCGUUAAUAUAAUCAAGUACUUAAAUGGAACAGUGACAUACACUUUGUGGGUUUUACCACAACUAAUGACAGGCUUUAGCAUCCAUUUAAAAAUAAUACUACAUACUUGAAUGUAUAUAAUGUUGAUGAGAAUGUGUUUUUAUAGAAGGCUGAAAUAGUAAGCAUCUUGACAUUUGGCAAUUUGUAGAUAAAUGUCAACAUUAUGUAACAGUCUGUUUUGUUAGAUUAAUGGAUAAUACUUAUUUGAGUUGUCAUUUCUCCAUAACAAAACACAAUGCCCAUAAUUUCAUUGACAAAUGAAAGGUUUGUGAAAAUGUUAAAGGUACAUGUUUACAGAAAAGACUCAAUAAUAAGAAAAUGAUGUAGAGUAAUGUUCUGUAGGCAUAAAAUAUGUAUAUGUCUUGGAACAAGUCAAAGAUCAGUUUUGUUGGUUGAGCGUAGUUUUCAUUUUCUUGAUUUGAUUGAAUGAAUCAUUGAUGCUUCCUGAUAAGUUUUCUCAUAUUACUCAACCAAUCAUAUUUGUAGGUAUUGGAAUAUCUAUCAAGAUAGUUUUAUUUAUUCACUUAACACAUAACUAAUUAUGUUAAAUGAAAAUUCAAGGAACCAAGUAAAUCAAGCUCCAUUUUAGUUUGGUUAAAAACAAAGUUUUUUGUGUUUGGAACAGUCACUCUAUAUUUAGAUUUUGAUAUCUUGCCACACUUGUGCCACUCUACCUGUGAUUCAUGUCUUUUUCAUGACUUUUACAUUUUUGAGAUAGACUUAAUCUUCUUAGUUAUAGCAACAUUCAGUUUGAUCAUAGUUAAACACUCUUUCAGCAUUAUCACCUGAGUAUAAAAAAAAACUUUCAUAAAAAAAAGAACAACUAAACUUACAGCAUUAUUUUAUAAUAUCAAUUAAGGGGAAUCAACAUUUACUUUUUCAUGUUAGCAGUGACUGUACUUUUGCACUGAAUUUGAAGAAAAUGUUUUCUUUGUACAAAAGUAAAAAAAAUACUUGAAAUGAAAGAAUUCUGAAAUACUUGAAGGGAUGACUUGUUGUCACCUGUCAAUUAUGUAAAUGAAAUGAAUCUUUUUAAAUUUGUUUUUUAUAGGUAACCUAUAUCAUGGUGUAAAUGUAGAUAAAUACAUAUGGUAAAUUCUAUCACUUAAAUUUGUAUCAAAUGUAUGUAUGUGAGAGAGCCCCUUAAAGAGACUGCAAGUAUCAAAGCUUUGAUCAUAUCACAUUUCAGAAUCAUUUCAGACAGUGUACAAUGUAUAUGGGAGUAUUAUCAAUACAUACUUGUUAUGAGACAUACUUCAUGGUUUUAGUGUUGGUCAAGUUAGCUACCAUGCUUAUUUUAGAAUAUCUUUCAGUUUAAAAAAAACUUUGUUUCAGAUAAAAUUUACUAUCUAUUAGUUAUUACCAAUUAGAUUAAAUAUAGCUGUGCCUGCAGCUUGUUAUCAUGCCUACCGGUAAAGCUUAUAUUCAUGUGGUCUUUCUUUCAGUGAGAAGAAAAAGGGAUUUGUCAUUUAUGUAACUUUUAAACUGACCAAGAAAUUUCAAAAUCAUAUCAACAGUAAAAAAAAAAUGUAAUCAAUAUAUUCAUUAUUUCCCAUAUAUGAUAAUAGUUUUCAAUCAUUGAGUACAUAAAUUCAGUCACUAAUAAAGUCUUCCCACACAAAAAGAUAACAUUUUAUGAUUAAGUAGGAGCUCUGAGAGGAAUUAUACUGUUUUACUGAGAUGUAUUUCUACUCGUCAAGAGAGAAAUGCCAGGUUGCGAUUUGUGUGCAGAUACUAAUGUUAUGUCUGUUUCUUGUUUAUAUUUCAUUGUGUUAAUGAUACUUGUACAAAGAGUUUUAUAGAUGUGUAUUUGUCGUGAGUUUUUAAUAAGCAUGGAAAGGAAUUAAAGUUUUAUUGCCUUGCAACUAAAAUGUAUUACAAAACUCAUUUUGUGAACCCUUUAAAAUAAAAUCUCUUUAUUAAUUUAA